CGCCCUGCAUCCCAGACCGGCGUGCGCACCACACAGACGCACUAACCGGCGAGAGGAUAACGGCGGCUGCUCUGUCGGGCUGCAGCUGAUGCUGCUGAAGCAUCUGCAGCGCUGUUUGCUUGGUUUAGUGUGUGUGUCUGUGUGUGUGAUUCCAGAUGUCACCGACUGAGGAUUGGCGUCCACACCGCUGCGGGGGAUGUGUGUGAGUACAGGCCGUUUGGAUGCGAGUUCGGGACGGACGGAUUUCAUGAAAGGAACAAUCUCAGCGAGGGAAAACAUGACAGUCUUCCCGCUCCCCUGACGAUUCUCCGGGAUGCAGUCAUAGUCUGAGGCCGGACAUGAUCUUAAUCUCAGGGAUUGCUGUAGUUGAUGCGGGAUGAUGUGCGCCGCACCCCGAGUGAUAUUGAUAAGGGGAACACAGCUCGGUCCUUCACUACCCCGCUGAUUUUUUGCUUGACUGUGGCUCGUAGUGAUCAUCUUCAUUUAUUUAUUUUUAUUAUUUAUUUUUUAUUUUUUGAAUUUUUUUGCUGGGCUGGGACUAUUUGGGAGACCUUCUGAUGUGGAAGGACUGGGCUAUUUUGCCUGAAGGGAUCAAUUGAGCACUGUUGCUCUCACCCGGAGGGAAACCAGGGCUGAGCUGCUCACCUGGUCAUUUCAACACAACCUUUCAGCAUGGCUGAGAAGACGAUCGAGCAGGGCUCGGUCAGCAUCCCCAUGGAGGAGACCAAACUUCAUGGCGGAGCGCCUCAGGAGGCGCCGCUGCUCACCCACCUGAAGAAAGUGGAGAACCACAUCACUGAGGCCCAACGCUUCUCCCACCUCCCACGCCGCUCCGCUGUGGACCUGGAGUUCAAUGAGCUUUCGUACACCAUCCGGGAGGGUCCGUGGUGGAGGAGGAGAGACAAACUGACACGUGAACGCUGUGAAAAACACAACCUCGUUGGCAAAGGUUAUAAAGCCCUCCUGAAGUGUCUGUCAGGAAGAUUUAACAGCAGAGAGCUGAUUGGUAUCAUGGGGCCUUCUGGAGCCGGAAAGUCCACACUGAUGAAUAUUUUGGCGGGGUACAGGGAGACCGGCAUGAAAGGUACAAUCCUGGUGAACGGCCGACCGAGGGAUUUGAGGACUUUCAGGAAAAUGUCCUGCUACAUCAUGCAAGAUGAUAUGCUGCUGCCACACCUCACUGCGAGGGAGGCCAUGAUGGUUUCCGCCAAUCUGAAACUGAAUGAGAGCAUGCAGGUCAAAAAGGAGCUUGUGGACGAGAUCCUGACCGCUCUGGGCCUUCAGGAGUGUGCUCAGACACGUACCAUCUCUCUCUCUGGGGGCCAGUGUAAAAGACUGGCCAUUGCCCUGGAACUGGUUAACAAUCCACCUGUCAUGUUCUUUGAUGAGCCCACCAGUGGUCUGGACAGCGCGUCCUGCUUCCAGGUCGUUUCCCUCAUGAAGUCCUUGGCUCAGGGAGGACGGACAAUCAUCUGUACCAUUCAUCAGCCCAGUGCCAAGCUCUUUGAGAUGUUUGAUAAGCUGUACAUCCUCAGUCAGGGUCAGUGCAUAUACAAGGGCACAGUCCCUUACCUCAUCCCUUAUCUGAAGAACCUGGGUCUCCACUGCCCGACAUAUCAUAAUCCAGCUGAUUUCAUCAUUGAGGUGGCAUCGGGGGAGUACGGAGACCUGAACCCAGUGCUGUUUGACGCAGUCCAGGGCGGACUGUGCUCAGAGGAGGGCAAGAAGAACUCGAGGGACAAAACUGACUCCUCUUGUCCCUCACAGUGUCACAGUGACACAGGAACACUUGAGAAGCAUAGCUUCGCCACCAGUACAUUCACACAGUUUUGCAUCCUCUUCAAAAGAACCUUCAUUACAAUAUGCAGAGAUACGGUGCUGACCCACCUUAGGGUGAUGUCCCAUCUGUCCAUUGGAGUACUCAUUGGCCUGCUCUAUCUCAAAAUUGGAAAUGAUGCCAGCAAGGUUUUCAACAACACUGGCUUCCUCUUCUUCUCUAUGCUUUUCCUCAUGUUUGCUGCCCUGAUGCCCACAGUGCUAACCUUUCCUCUAGAGAUGUCUGUGUUUGUGAGAGAACAUCUUAACUACUGGUACAGCCUGAAGGCCUAUUACUUGGCCAAAACCAUGGCUGACAUACCGUUCCAGGUGAUUUGUCCAAUUAUGUACUGUAGUAUAGUGUACUGGAUGACAGAACAACCUGCAGAGGUGGGUCGCUACCUGCUCUUUAUGGCCUUGUCUACAUCCACAGCGCUGGUGGCGCAGUCACUGGGUCUGCUUAUAGGAGCUGCAUCAACAUCUCUGCAGGUGGCAACAUUUGUGGGCCCAGUCACAGCCAUACCUGUCCUCCUUUUCUCUGGCUUCUUUGUCAAUUUUGACACCAUUCCCAAAUACCUACAGUGGAGUUCUUAUGUUUCCUAUGUCAGGUAUGGCUUUGAGGGGGUGAUACUCUCUAUUUAUGGGAUGAACCGGUCUGAGCUUGAAUGUCCAGACCCUGUGUGUAAGUUUCAAAAGCCAGAGGAGGUCUUGCAGCUGUUGGAUGUGGAGGACGCAAAGCUUUACGUGGACUUCAUGGUGCUGGGGGUUUUCUUCCUGAUCCUCAGACUCGCCACUUACCUGGUUCUGCGCUACAAAGUCAAGUCAGAGCGUUAAGACGUCCAGAGGCACAGUGCUGAUGGAUAUGGAUGCUCAUGAAUAUCCCAGAAGUGUGAGAUAGUAAGAAAACCUAUCCUCUCUCUUUUUCAGUUUCAACAUUUCAAAAUCAAUCGAGUAUGUGCUGCACCAUUACUCAAACUGUACAGUAUGGUACAGAUUGAAAAGGUUUACUGAUAAGAAAAUGAAAAGUUUCAACUGUGAAUUGUUGUUCCCUGCACACUGUUACUGUAUGCCAGGUAAUGGUCACCAUCACCUUUCAUAAAUACAAUAAAAUAUUGCUCAGUGGCACCAUGAGUGGACAGAACACCCCCCAAAAAAGCAGAUCGCAUGUUUCAUUAAGCUGAGAAUUUUGAAAAUGUACUUUUUUUGGUGACUCCAGGAAAGUGUUUGUAACUUGGAGCUUCUUAAUCCAGUGCCUAAAAGGUAUUUCAAGGCCCACAACAGAAUCUGCUUAAUUGACACAAAGAACAGCAGCCAUCAAGAUGACCCUGAAACGUGAUUUCAAGUCAGAUCCUCUGUUAUUGCCAACAGAAAAGUGGAAGCCUUUUUUGGGGCUCAUCUCUCUCUCCUGUAGGAUAAUCUUGUCAGGUGUCCUUACCAAAAUGCACGACGUGGCGACUUGUCUUCAUGGAACAGAAAUCGACUGCCAGUGGAUGACUCUCCUCGCUGGAGACCAUUUUCGCAGGCCUUUUGCCCCAGCGCUCACAGUGAUGGGACACUUUGCCUCGGAUGAAGAGCUUGUGAAUAUGUUAAGCAAUGUGUCUUAUACAAAGACUGACAUGGAUUCGCCCCGCAUCCGGCCCUAACGACUCCUUACUUGCUCCUGCACGUGUUUGCUUCUGCCACAACUCGGGAAGCAUUGAGUGAAUUGGGAGCGACACGUGAAAGCGAGUAAGCUGUUUGCAGCCUGAUGCAGUGGGCCGUCUUCAUCGCAGACAGAAUAGCAUUUUAGGUGAAGUGCAAUAGAAUAUAUUAUGGCUAAAAAAAUAGCAAAAAAAAAGGAGAAGAAGAAGAAGAAAAAGUGUUGUUUGUCUAAUCAGUGUCGCUCUUUUGACACAGUUCUUUGAAAUGCUUGUUUCCACUCGUAUGACUCUUUAGCUGCCUCCUCCCUGAGCUGAAAAAGGAAGUCCCCUCCUCCUUUCCUCCUCUUUCUCUCUGCUUUGCUGAUGUCUGACAGAUGCGUGUUGUUCAAAACAAUGUUAGAUACUUGAAAUGCUGGCUGGGCGGUUUUUGUGCCUCUGAACUAGAAUGAUUUGAGUUUUCUCUGCUUCCUUGUUUGCACAUACACUACACCUUAUAUCUACAUGCUGGCUCUCUAUUUCUCUCUCUUACACACACACACACACACGCAGAGGUACAUUACAGACAUACACACACACAUCACCAUGGCAAUGUUUAGAAGAGCCUCUCCUAGUCACACGGCAAUGCAAAUAUUUUCCAAUAGACUUGCUAUGAAAUAUUUCUUACUCCAACUAUGCUACUUAGUAAUCCUUAUUAUAAUACUUCAAAUAAUGUGAGUAUAUAACCAAUGAUUGUACAGUGAGUAUGUCAUGCUGUAAACAAAUGUACAUUUGCACUUUUCAGUGUAUCUUUAUUGUUUUUUCUUAUUUAUUUGUAUUUAGUUUUAUUUUUUUAAACCUACAAGACGAGUGCUGCUUGAAAGUGCAAUGGGGGAAAGAAAACGGCACAUGGAUGUUGCAUGAUCAUCUUAGGAGUGAAAUUUAUGAGAUAUUAAAUUUUAGAGUAUGGGACAGUGGUUUUAUUUCCUCAUCCAAACAUAUCUGUCCCGCCACGUUUGAGGAGAUGCGAAUCCUCCGCUCUGCACUGAGCAUUUCUUUUAGAACAUCUGGAGCCACGUGUGCGUCACUAGUGCGGAUUAAAGAUGACACGAUCAGGAGUGAAAAGAGGCGAAUGUACGAGACGUCCUGGAUGGAAGAAGGCAGGGAUACAGAACAGAGAGCCAAAUAUGUCAUUAUGUAGCUAAAGAGGUUCGCAGUCUCUUUGGGAAGCAGCUGGAUUGGAGAGCAGAUCACUAAUCACUAAUCUGCUUCGCUGUUCAGCACAGAGAUGGCUGUGAUUAAUAGCAAUAGUUCACAUCGUGAUGUUUAUGAAACCUCCUGCAGUUUAUAAGGUUUAUGUUCUUCUUACCGGUUCUAUUAUGUGCAAUAACCACACAAAGGCAACUCUGUGAGACCAAUUACAUGAAAUGUGACGCUGAAAUUUUUUCGUUGUAGUGCGUUCGUUGCUUGUGUUCAGUGACAAAAGCUAAUGUAGGGAAAUGGAUUGUCAGAAAGAUUGUCACCUCAAAGACCAAAGCGGGAUCAUAACAUUUAUUCUAAUAUCAGGAUAAUUAUAGAAAAAAUGCAUGGAAUGAAAUAAAAGGUGUUUAAACUCAAUUUUCCUACAAAAACAGAUGAUAUGUGUUUUAAGUUUCUCUAAAUUGGAAGCAGAAACUUAACUGCAACUCCAACGCCAACCAAUAAACAGUCAUCAAGUAACUGGACAGUCUGGGGGAGUUUGGGGCUUAGAUGUUAAGGCCCGUGGUACCAAAGACGAAAACAAGUCUCCCUUCUUCUCCCCCAUAAUGUGCAUGCAGUGUCCAAUAUUACCAUUAAUUUUCUGACCAAAAUAAGUGCUCUGAGGACACAUUAACAAAGUCUGUAGUACAGUCAGUUUGUCUGGUAGAAUCCCUGAUUAGCUGAUUAUAAAUGAGGUGUGGGAAGAUGUGAGAUGUGUGUAAGCGUUAUGAAGUAGCUAUGGAAGUGAAAUUGCAGGAUGCAAUAUCACUUGAACGCAUGGUGACGUCACACUGUUUGCGCAGUCUCUUUAUCACUUUGCAAAAUCAUUUCACAGCUUCAUCCGUUUGCUCAUAAGAAGCCACCGGGCUUAUUGUGCACUCGCAUGGUAAAGAGUAAUAUGCAGGCUAUCCCUACAGAAAGCUUGGACUCUUAUUAAAAAUGUGUGAUGGGAUUAGAGGUAGUUGUUUUAUCUAAUUUUCCGCUUAGAGUUUAAUUUCUGAUUUUAAAAAAAAUGCAAGUUCUGUAUACUGAACGCUGUUCCGAGGAUUAUA